AUGGCAUCUAGCGAAAUGGUCUCUUUGAAACUCAAAAUGGUGUUGAUCUCGGCUAGCAUUGUGUCCAAGUCAGGUAAAGCUCUUGUCACACGAGUGUUCGUGUCGGAUAUGACACGUGCUCGCAUGGAAGGACUCCUUGAUGCUUUUCCCAAACUUAUUGGCAACGAUAAGGACUCAGCACAACGCCAGCAUACUUUCAUCGAAACAGACAGCGUACGCUAUGUCUACCAUCCGCUGGACAAUUUGUAUAUGGUUUUGAUCACUACGAAAACUUCAAACAUACUUGAAGACCUUGAGACUCUUAGAUUGUUCUCGCGUGUGAUCCCUGAAUACUGUCGAUCAAACGAUGAGAAGGAAAUUCUGGCGCACGACUUUGAUCUGAUCUUUGCAUUUGAUGAGGUUGUCACCCUUGGCUACAGGGAAAGUGUCAACUUGGCUCAAAUUCGAACCUUCACUGAGAUGGACUCGCAUGAAGAACGCGUAUUUCUGCAAAUCAAAGAGGCUCAAGAACGUGCUGCAAAGCAGGCGAUGGCUGAGAAAGCAAAAGAAUUCAAACGAAUGCAGAAAGAAGCUCUCAGCAAGGGACUCAAACCAUCAGCUGCAAAUUUCGGCUCAUCAGCUACGGGUAUUUCUUCUUCAUCGACACCGCUUACUGCAGUAUCAGAGCCCGCCGCACCUCGACCUGCUACUACUUCACAUAGAGCUGGCGGAGGAAAGGCGCUCAAACUUGGUGCUAAAUCAAAGGACGAAGACGUCUUCCUACAGCAGCUCCGGCAGGAGGGACAAACGAUUGCACCAGUUGAGAGAGCUCAGCGUGAUGGGGCUGGAGUAUCCGCCGUCGCAGCAGCUCCAGCAUCUAAUGUCAAGAGAGAAGCUGUUCACGUGCGUACUGAAGAGAAAAUGGUUGCCACUGUUAGCCGCGAUGGAGGUCUACAAGGAGCUGAGAUUCUUGGAGUUGUUUCACUGUCGGUAUCUGCUCCCGAGUAUAACACGGUUGUGAUAAAAAUGCAUAACAAAGCUCCUGCGGGAGCGCAGUUGCAGGUCCAUCCUAAUCUUGACAAGAAAGAAUGGCAGCACUCUUCUUUGCUGAAGUUGAAGUCUGCAGGGAAACCAUUCCCAGUCAAUAAUGAUGUCGGUGUGCUCAAGUGGAAAAUGGUGCUUACAGAAGAGGAGCAGCUACCUAUUGCAUUGAAUUGCUGGCCACAAGAAUCAGCUGAUGGUUGUCAAGUGAACAUUGAAUACACAUUACAAAGGGAAGACCUAUCCUUGGAGAACGUAGUGAUCACAGUUCCACUACCUCCGGCAACAGCUCCCGUUGUAUCUGAAUGUGAAGGAUCCUACGAAUAUCAAAAAGCCCGGAACCAAAUUGUAUGGACGAUGCCCGUAAUUGAUAGCACAAACGCGAAUGGAACAUUGGAAUUUUCCGUACCUAAUGGACAUUCAGACCAUUUCUUUCCUGUUCAAGUCCGAUUCCAUGCUGAUAGAUUGUACUGCGACAUCCAGGUCGACGCAGCACAAACCAUGGAUGGUAACACAGACGUUCCAUUGUCUACUGAAACUCGUCUUAUUACCGAAAAGUACGAGGUUGUUUAGGUGUUGUUUCUGGUUAGCACCUAUGCUUUUAUUUAUUGUUUUCCGAAAUUUUACCAUUCGCGUUGUAUAAUAUAUCUUAAUCGGGAAUUUCUAAUUGAGCGGUGGUUGCCGAACAUAUGUGAUUAAUAAGACUUUUCCUGAAGCAAUUUUAUACAGACUUU